AUGUGGUACUUUGCAGAGUUCGUGGAUCAGGACCAGUACCUGUUCAUCGCUCCGGUGUUGAAGGCCUUCAGGCGCGCGUGGGGUCCACGAGCUACGGUAACCCGACCCGUGGUCGCUGAUACUUCCGUCAGGCAGCUCACGUACUGCUUGGAGCUCGGCCUGCCCUCGAGCAUCAGGCAAGCAACCAUCUGCAACGCCGCUGCCCGUUUCGGCAGACUAGACCUCCUGAAGCUUGCCCAAGGGAGCGCUUGCGGGUGGACCCCAGCGACUUGUGCUCAGGCCGCCAGGGGGGGACACCUUGAGACCCUCCAAUGGCUUCGCGCAGAGGGCUGUGACUGGGAUGAAAAAGCAUGUCAACUGGCCGCCCUCGGAGGUCAUUCCCGGGUCCUGAAAUGGGUGAGGUCCCCAACCGAGAACUGGCCGACGGGGACAGUGGACCCGAAUGCAUGCCCUUGGGGCCCACAGGCGUGCGCCGAAGCGGCCUAUGCCGGGUGCCACGACACUUUGAAACGGCUGCGUACACACGGCUACCCAUGGGAUGUAAAGACAUGUGGAUCUGCCGCAGCUGGUGGAUUCUUCGGCAUCCUUCAGUCGGCAGUUGCCCAAGGAUGCCCCUUGGACGGCGAAUCCUGUUACUGGGCCGCUUGCAGAGGAGAUCUGCCCAUGCUUAAGUGGCUCCGGGAUAACGGCUGCCCUUGGGACCUCGAAGACGGGGGUCCAUGCGCCGGGGCUGCACUUGGCGGCCAUCUUGAAGUGCUAUUCCCUAGGACUGCCGUUCGCUCGUGCCCAGCGCAUAACUCCAAAGUGCUGUCUCCAGGUGGCCGACGCGAAAGUGUCAUGGUCCCACUCGCACUCGUUCUCUCGGGCCCACUGCAGCACUUCCAGGUGCCCACCAUCCGCUCCCGCUGCGCAGGUUCGCGCGUUCCAUGGACCAUCCAUUACGCCUCGCCCAGUCGGGCUUGCGCGAUGUCGGCUGCAAGAGGGAACCUCAAGAUGCUUCAAUGGCUACGUGAAGAGGGCUGUCCUUGGGAUAGCGACACCUGCACCAAGGCAGCCGCGCACGGGCACCUCGCAUUGUUGAUUUGUGCCCUAGCGAACGACUGCAUAUGGGCCGGGGAGCUUUCAGAUGUGGCAGACGCCAACGGCUACGUACGGCUACAUCCGUGGCUGGGUGAAGAAUUACGUUUGGCGGACCACUCGCAAGCGACCAUACCGCUUGAUAUCGAGUGGUGA